AUGUGCUGUCCAUGCAGUGUUUGCGAAAAUAAAAAGGAAUUCCGGAAAAGAGAAACUCUAUGGAAUCACCUGGCCUUGAAUGGUUUUAUGAGUAACUAUAGCCUUUGGACUAAGCACGGCGAAGUUGGAGUUAUGAUGGAAGAUAAUGAAGAAGAUGACGAUGGUGAUAACAAUCUUCCAGAUUGGGCAUGGGUUCAUGAAACAGGUAGCUUUCAAGAUGAACCAAUGGACGAGGGUGAAGCAAAUGUUGAACAAGAGGAGCCACCUGACGAGCUAGGUCAGGCGUUGCUUGAUGCACGGAAAGACAGUGACACUGUGAAGGAGGCAUUAAAGUUUGAGAAGAUGUUGGAGGAUCACAAAAGGCCGUUGUUCCCUAAUUGCAAACCGGAGCAGAAGAAGUUGGGUACCACGCUAGAGAUGCUGAAAUGGAAGGCAAGUAAUGGUGUCACCGAUAAGGGAUUUGGUGAGCUAUUAAAGAUUGUAAAGAACAUGCUUCCUGAGGGUAAUGAACUGCCGUCAACAACAUACGAAGCUAAAAAGAUGGUUUGCCCUCUUGGAUUGGACGUGCAGAAGAUUCACGCAUGUCUUAACGACUGCAUCCUGUAUCGCGGCGAAUACGAGAACUUGGAAGCUUGUCCUGUUUGUAGCGCAUUGCGGUAUAAGAUCAGGCGAGAUGAUCCAGGUGAUGUUGAUGGGGAGCCGGUAAAGAAGAGAGUUCCCGCAAAGUUGGUGUGGUACUUCCCUAUAAUACCACGUCUGAAGCGCUUUUUCAAAAACAAGGACAACGCUAAGUUGAUACGGUGGCACAAAGAAGACCGUAAGGAGGAUCACAUGAUCAGACACCCAGCAGAUGGGUCCCAGUGGAGAAACCUUAACCGAGAGUAUCCUCAAUUUGACAACGACCCAAGGAAUAUAAGAUUUGCUCUAAGUGCGGAUGGAAUGAAUCCGUACGGUGAGUUUGGCAGCGCUCAUAGUACAUGGCCCGUGACCCUAUGUAUGUUCAACCUUCCUCCUUGGUUAUGCCUGAAGCGUAAGUUCAUCAUGAUGCCGGUGCUUAUAGAAGGGCCAAAAGAACCUGGCAACGAUAUUGAUGUGUUCCUGCAACCCUUGAUGGAUGAUCUCUUACUGCUCUGGAAAGAAGAAGGUGUACAUGUGUGGGAUGAGUAUAAACAGGAGUCUUUCAACCUCCGAGCUUUGCUUUUUGUAUGCAUCAAUGAUUGGCCUGCACUUGCAAAACUUUCGGGACAGUCGAACAUGGGAUACAUGGCCUGCACCCACUGUUAUGAUGAAACCGAUAGCAUUUAUUUGAAACACUGUAAGAAGUGCGUAUACAUGGGCCAUCGCCGAUUCCUUCCUACCGAUCACCCCCUAAGAACCGAAGGGAAGCAUUUCAAAGGAGAGUCCGAAACUCGUCGUAAGCCUCUGUUCCGUAAUGGAAAGCGUGUGUUCUCGAUGAUCAAGGAUGUGAAGGUAGUAUUUGGAAAGGGUCCCGGUAGCCAACCUGUUCCGAAGGAUGACCAGGGACAUGUUCCAAUGUGGAAGAAGAAAUCUAUAUUGUGGAACCUACCUUAUUGGCAAGUCUUACAGAGAGACAAAGGACGCCACUAUUUAAAACCUGCCAGCUAUAAUCUGAGUAAAGAGGAGAAGGAAAUCAUGUUCGAUUGCUUGAACAGUAUCAAGGUCCCGUCUGGGUACUCCUCAAAUAUACAGGGCAUAAUAAAUGUGAAAGAGAAGAAAAUUCAAAACUUGAAGUCCCAUGACUGCCACGUUCUGAUGACACAAUUACUUCCGGUUAUACUGAGGGGUGUUCUACCGGAAAAUUACGUGCGUAAACGUUCUCGCCCAGAAGGAUGCAUUGCUAAGGGCUAUGGAACCGAGGAGGUCAUUGAGUUUUGCGUUGACUAUCUUCCCGAUCUCAAUUCGAUUGGGCUCCCCGUGUCACACCAUGAGGGGCGAUUAAAGGGAAAAGGCACACUAGGAAAGAAAUGUAAUGUGCACAUCCCUUGUAGUGAAUUCAGCCAAGCAAACUUCACGGUUCUUCAGAAUUCAUCCAAGGUGGCUCCAUAUAUUGAUGAGCACAUGAAUAUUAUACAGUCUGAAAAUCCACAAAAGAAUCUUUCUUGGAUUACACGCCAACAUAUAAAAACUUUUGACGGCUGGUUUAGACGAAAAUUAUUGGGCAACAACACAGUUGAUCAAGAACUUCAAUGGCUGGCUAGGGGACCAUCAAUCACUGUCCAGCAAUACCAAGGGUACGAAAUCAAUGGGUAUACAUUUUAUACGAGAGCUCAAGACAAAAAAAGCACCAACCAAAACAGUGGUGUCCGUAUGUGUAUAGUAAACAGUAAUGGAGAAAAGAACAACUACUAUGGUGUCAUAGAGGAGAUAUGGGAACUUGAAUAUGGACCCAUAGUUGUCCCUUUAUUUCGUUGCGAAUGGGUGGCUGGAGGAGGCGUAACGAAGGACCGGUAUGGGAUGACCAUAGUUGACUUUAAAAAGAUUGGAUAUAAAGAUGAACCAUUUGUUCUAGCCAAGGAUGUGACACAAGUGUUCUAUGUGAAGGACAUGUCGAGCAAACCGAAGAAGAAGUCAGAUAAGACGUCUGAAGCAGACAAGGCUGGAAAUGAGCCGAAACGGCACAUAGUUCUUCCAGGAAAAAGAAAAGUUGUUGGAGUUGAGGAUAUUUCGGACAAUUCGGAAGAUUAUGACCAGAUUGAUGACCUUCCUCCAUUCUCAGUUGACGUUGACCCUAGCAUCCUCUUAUCCAAAGAGGACACACCUUACUUACGCUGUGAUCACGCUCAAGGCACUUUCGUCAAA